AAGUUCUUGUUCUCGGUAUGUUCUUUAUUUGAGAUACUCUUACAUAAUGGGCACUUGAAGGUGGCAAGUAUCAAAAGUUUUAAGGCGUUUGUAACCAUUUCUCUCCUAUUUUCUAACCUCGCUGGCUGCAGAAUCUACAACAGCCCACUGGUUCUGAAUGUCAGUCCUGACUCUGACCAUUCAUAUUUUAUCGUAGAAAAACAUAAGUAUGAGGACGCAGAUUUUUGGGUAUACUAUCCUAUGUACUUUUUUCCUGUAGAAACGGUUGUUUAUGAUGCGCAAGUGCUUUGGGACCGGGAAGAAGACCAAAAUGCUAGUUUUUGCUACGCAAUUUUAAAUUAUAAAUAUAAACGGAACGAUGUGUUAUUUUCCUACGUCGUUAAGGUUACUCAAUCCCAUAUAGAUUUUGAUAAAUUCCCCUGCCCAAAUCUGGAAGGAGAAAUUGCAAAUUGUUACAAACGUUUAAACUUUAUUCAUCAAAACCAUGAAACACUUUUACAGCAAAGACUCGAAGCAGGUCAGCCGGUGGACUCUUUUACAACUGACGAUCGACUAGAGGUAAUGCGUAUCUCUCCAUCAUCACGAAUAGAACCAGUGGUUGAAACUGGCGAAACAACUGUUUCUAUAGAAGAGAAUAAUUUAUCGCAUCCAGUAGCAAAUAAUGAACAAUCGCAAUUAGAAACGGAUGAACCUACACAGUUAGAUGAUGAGCGUGAGACACAUAAUAUACACAGUCAGCUUAUACUGAAUGGACUAUAUCCAUAAAAAGUACGCAUAGUUGUGAAAUUGACACUUUAAAUGUAAUCUAUUUCUUAAAUUA